CGGAGCCUCUGAGUCUCGGCUCCAGCCAUCCGAUUCCGAUUCGCAACCAAAAUGUCUACAAGGAAUCCUCCGCCGCCGCUGCCGUCGUCGAUGCAGGACGCUCCGCUUCAGGCAGUCGGAUUCGUGUUGGAACACGAAUCCGCUCAGAGAGUGAGCGGCCGCAUCCUCGUUUCCCCCAUCUGCUGCCAGCCGUUUAAAGUGUUGCACGGCGGAGUUUCGGCGUUGAUUGCGGAGGCUUUGGCGAGUAAGGGGGCUUAUGUGGCGUCGGGCUACCGGAAAGUAGUCGGAAUCCAUCUUAGCAUCAAUCACUUGAAGAGUGCUGAGAUGGGAGCCGUCGUUCUCGCCGAAGCUACGCCGGUCACCGUCGGCAGAACCAUUCAGGUAUGGGAUGUAGAAUUGUGGAAGGAUUUGAAAGAGACUAAAGUGAUCGUGUCCACCGCUAGGGUAACUCUUCUAUGCACUUCGUCUGUCCCGAAUGACCCAAAACAUGCCCAAAAUGCCCCUAAAGCCAUUAUUAAUAAGGUUGCAAGAUUGUGAUACCAUCUACUAUGCCCACUUCAUUUCAUACAGUACUCUUUUGUAAUUUCACUUUGGAGAGCUAAUUAGCCUUUAAAAUCUCUGGUUUUCUUUACAUUUUUUCUUCUUUCUUUACUAUGAAACCCUUUUGAGAGAUAAGACUUUGAAAUACUUUUGGA